AACACUGAAGCGACUCCGCUUACAUCCAAACCCAAGACAAUAAAUUAAAGGAAGCUUAUCAACUUCCAAAUGGAGCAAAAUCUUCAGGUAAUUUCCUAAGAAAGUGAGGAAUGUAGGAAACAUUACAAUAUGUAAGUCAGUAGGGAAUUAGCCAGUUAGCUUCCUACAACGAUAAGAUCAGUCCAAAAGCGUGACGUAUUGCAGUAAAAGUAUUACACAAUUCCACAUGUGACAAUGGUGUUUCCCCAUAUCAUUGUGCUGGGGCAUGCUACGGAACGCCCUGUAUAUAGACGUAUGCGGAAUUGGAAGACGCCAGUUAUACCCAAGAAGCUGGCGAGAUGGGUCUUCAGGUAGUUUCAAGCGUGGUCCUCGUGGCUUGUCUGGUGCUGGUCGCAGGGGAGUACAGGAACGAUGGAGGCUUUAUGCCGAGUUUCCAGCGGACUGAGGACCAGCUUGCCGAACCAUCAGCUAGAGUGGACAAGAGCAGGGACGAGAGGGACAGCCAAGCAGAUAGGACGCAGAGGUUCGGGAUAUCCACUUAUGGCAGUACUGGGAGCGGUGGAUACGGCGGUACAGCACCAGGCUUGUAUGGACCCGUGAAGAUAGACCUGGGCGGAGUUCUGAUAGGAUCUAUACUGGGAUUCGGAGCCGUCAUCAUCUUGCCCAAGAUCAUACACGCCUUGUCGUAUAGCUAUGGUGGGGGAUAUGGCAGGAGCUUGGACUCAGACUUCAGCCAGGUAUCCGACAUGUUUGGCAAGAUCGACGAGAUCCUCACUCGAUACAACGUGGACUCCACAGCCUGCAUGCAGCGGCUCAGCUGUUCCUACGUGCAGCUGGCUAACGAGAACAUGAUCAGUGGAAAUGGAACAGAUUUUGAUGCUCUACUCUCAUCGCUGUCGAACAAUUCUCUGGUGAGCCGUAUGCUGGAAGGAACAGCUGUAUUCGAGGCGGUGUCCGCAGGGCGCUCUAUGGAUUCCGACUGCCACGCCCUCUACCCCAAAUGCAAGCUCGAUAAGAAAACAGUCGUCAAAAUCCUCACUCAACUUGUACCCUCAUAGAGUAAUAACGAAAUUAUAGUGAAAUUUUAAUAAAGAUGUUUUUUAUAAAUGUUGUUUUAGUUGUGUAUGUACUGAAAUUCAAUACUGAUGAACGGAGUUCGCUUCAAAAUUUUGUGGCGUGGAAGUUAUUCAAAAAUAUUUAACUUAUUAAGGUGUUAUGAUUUUUAAUACUGAUUAAGGAAUCAACACAAAAUAAAAAUAACAAAAG